CUAAACCGGCCGAUGUCCACGUUUGGCGUUGGCGAGCGACGGUCCGAGGUUUCUUACAUAACUCAGAUGAUGUUCUUUGAGCGAACACAGCGUUUUCUGGAGACUCCGCAACAAGAAACAAGAUCGUUAAACGGUUAAAUAGUCUCGCUAACCUCUCACCGCCAAAAUGGAAGACUGUUCACCAACCCACGCCUUCCCCAACCUCCACCUACCCCAGCCUUUCCACAUCGUCCUCCCCGACCACCACAGCUCCGAGCCGGGAUACGCCUCCGCUCAGCCGCCCUUAAAUUUACCCACGCAGCACGACCAGACCAUCCCCUGUUUCCCGAAUUUUACCGACGACCAGCACGAGGUCUGCAACGAGGGAGAACGCAGCCUUCUCAGCACGAACAGCUUGGACGAAGAGUUCAACAUGGGCGGACAUUUUGAAGGCGAGGAGCGGCACUCGUGGUACAUCCCGAAAGAAUCCUGGGACGGGAACGCCGAAAGCUCUACUGAUGAUUAUUAUGCUAAUUGCUACAGAGGCCACAGAGGGACAACAAGCUACAAUAGUUGUUCGCAAUUGACUUAUAACAGGAAAGCUAACGCUGGCUACGUCGCUAAACAAGCUAAUGCUACGUAUUUCAGAGAUAACGAACAUAACUCAGGUCAUAUUGGGUUAGAUUAUUCCAGGACCAGUUCAGUAACGAGCGAUUUGGACAGAGAGGACUUCACGGGAGGUUUACACGAAGAGCAGCUGCAAACGUCGGAAGCGGAUAGCGGCGAUCCGUGGCUAACCGGAGAAACGGUCUGGAAAGAGGAGCCGUGUCCUUCCAGCGUCACGCCUCAAAAGAGUCUAAACAACAGGACUUACACGCAGAAACUAGACUCCUUCUCGGACGCGUUCAUGUCCCAAGCGAAAAGACGGCUUCCGGUUAUAACCACGACUGAUUCGCACAACUGGGACGCCGCCGUUAGACCCCGAUUGAGCUGCUCCCUGGACUCGGACUCCUCGUCUCCCUCGCUCCCGUCGUUCCCUUCGCCUCCGACCUCCCACCUCCUCAGCCCGCCUCCUACGCCGCUGCCUCCCGCGUCCCACUCGCCCUCCAAAGUGGACUCCCCUGGUGGCGGAGGCGUGUUGGUGCACGUGGGAGCGCAGGGGGGCGAGGCGGUCGGAGCGCUCCAGUUCUUCCCGGUGCGGCCUCCGUCUCUGCUCGGUCCGAACUCGCCUGGGAUGGUCUGGAGGUUCCCGCUGUUGUCCCACUGCUUUAAACAGUUAGCGGGAGAUGCUAGCGGCUCUGAGGGGAAUGCUAGAGCCUCCGUCGCUAGCACCUUAAACUACAAUACGGGCCCACAUACCGUCCCGUCACUGGUGUCGUCCUCUCCUCUCGUCCCUGUUCUUCAGACUCCCAGAGGCCUGUGUUCAGCUGUACAUCCCUUCAUCUAUCAUCCAUCUAACCAUCAAAACGAGGAGAAUACAAAACAGAAAUCCUCCUCUCUUCUCGGGACGUCACACGAUCAGGAUCCAGGAUGCCCCGUCUACACCGGAACCACAUUUCCCAGCAUGCUUCAGUGUGAAAGCAGGCAGAGACGUGCCCACUUCACUCCCCAGCCUCUGCUCAACCCGUUACGAAGAGGAACGGGGCUGUACUCAUCUGUGUGUCACAAAGGCCGAGAAUGUGGAGAGGGACGGCAAGAUGGAGCGGGGGUUUUACCAUGCAUAAACGUGGGGCCAGACUUCCAGGCGGAUAUUCCUCCGUGUUUGUUUGACGAUGGGGCGGAGGAGCGGUCACAUGACGAGGACGAGUCGCCACGGGAGCAUCUGCUGUGGAAACCGUGGAACGAGCUCACGUACAGCUCCGCCGCACAAGAGCGAGUGGAGAAGCUGCUGCAGAUGUGUAGUUCCAGUUGUCUACCAGGAGGGGGCACUAACACAGAGCUGGCCCUGCACUGCCUGCACCUCUGCCAUGGAGACGUCCUGGCGACUCUGGAGAUGCUGCUUUUUACCCGUCCCAGACCAGCAGGGGACUACCACUACCCCGGAGCUGAUGUUUGGACAGAGAGAGAGACGAGACUCUUCACUGCAGCCGUGGAGACGCACGGAAAAGACUUGAGCCGCAUCCGCACGACGGUAAAGACCAAAACACUUCGUCAGUGUGUGGAAUUUUACUACCUGUGGAAAAGACUCAGAGACAAGCAAAAAACCUUCACCGUAGAAGAAGACGGGACAGUUGAAGACACAGAGCGACUGAAAAAGGCACCGCCCACCAGGCAGCCAAUCACGCGUCGGAUCCGGCUGGAGGAGAUGGUCCCUGUGCCCUUAGUGGCCGGCUCGUUCCCGUGUAAGCUCUGUGGAAAGAUGUUUUACAAAAUCAAAUCUCGCAACGCACACAUGAAGAUCCACAGACAACCGCAAGAAGAUUGGACGGAACGGAAACUCCAGCAGCAGAUGUUAAACCGAGCUCUGAACCGCGGCCUCGUAGUUCAACCGCAAACAUUUACAGAAAACACCGUCGCCAACGGCAACGGGAUCAGUUUGUUGGACCCCGGCGUUCAGGACCACAGUUUGAGUUUACUGGCGUUUAACAGUCCCGCUUCCCACGUUAUCCCCAGCGCAAACGCGUCGCAAGAGCCCGCCGGCGUGUUGCAGUUCCAGUCCAUGUGGAGUUCGUUUGGGCAAAACUCGGACGCUUCUUCGUUUUACUGCGGCGCAGAAGUGAAGGCGGAGGCGGGGGGAGGAGCGGCCGCCGUGAAGUGGAAAUAAUUUCACAAGUAAUACGAAAAAAGUACUGAAAAUUGAGGUUAUAAUUGUUUUUGUUUGCAGAUUUGUAUGUUUUUUAUAUAUUUUUUUAUUAUUAUAUUUGUAUUGAUUUUGCGGGACAAUAUAUACGUACGUCUUACAAUCGUCCGUCCAUUUUCUUUCACUUAUCCGAGGCCGGAGUCUGAGCAGGACCUCUCAGACUUCCCUCACCCCAGACGCUUCCUCCAGCUCCUCCAGUGGGACCCCAAGGUGUUCCCAGGCCAGACGAGCGCCUCCUCCUGGUGGGACAUGCUCUUAUAAUCAGACAGGCACAAUGCAAUUAACAAGAACGUCGCUAAGUAGCAGAACAAAAUUUGGGUAAUAAAGAUAAAAUGAGAUAAAUCAGGUCGUAUUUGGUUUACAAAGUCAUCCACGGUUUGCAUUUACUCGCAAAUUUCUCUGUUUCUGAUCUUUAAGUACUGUUAAAGUCAGUUUCUGUAAAAUAUAAACGGAAAACAUCACAUCAGAGUCCAUCAACUUUCCAGUUUUGGUGCUUCUUUCUCGCUAACAACAUGAUCUAAACAUCCUCAUAUUCAAGUUCUUUUUACAGUUAGCGUCAGGUUUAUCCAAAUAGAACAAGUCAGAAGUAUAAAUCAAAGAUAUUCUUCAAAAUUAAUUAUGUUCUAGUCGUUUCUUCUCAUGGAGCCGCUGAAGUUGUAUUUGGAGUGAUUCAUGUUUGAGUUUAAUCUUUAAUCCGCUAUUUUCAAGACGCCAUUUUGUCAAUAAAUCCCUGUUUUCACCUCCACUGUGACACGCCCACUGUGACACGCCCACUGUGACACGCCCACUGUGACACGCCCACUGUGGCACGCCCACUGUGACACCCCCACUUCCUUCUCCAGUUUUGUUUCCUUAAUCGUUGAUACUCGUAGGAUUCGGCAGCGUCGCGUCGUCAUUUUGGUACAAAUUUUUAAAAACCUGCUGCUCUAGUGUGACGUGCAUCUGUCCAUAGGGGGCGCUGCAGCUACACGGCGCUUUGUUGUGAUGAGGUUUACGGCGACGUCAGCUCCUAUUGGACACCACAGUUUCUUUUAUUAAGUCGUUUUAGAUGAAUAUUGUGAUUUAAAACUUGCAAAUUAUAACAGAACGAUCCACGAGUGUCAGAGACGGCCAAGUACAAAAAAAAAAAAAAAAAAAUCAACACAAUUUGCCAUUUCUUCCUCACACUUUGAGCUGGACUUCUAUAAACCUCACUACAUUUUUCCAGAUCUGUUCUCUCCACAUUAACGAUGCCACCGUUUCCGUAUACGUUUAUUCGUCUCAUCUCAUUCCUCUUCAACUUUAACUUCCCAUUUUUCGCUUUUUUUCACUUUUUAAAUGU